AUGACACAGGGCUUCAUUCAAAGUUGGAGCCAGGAGACCUCAGACAUGAGAGCAGCUACUGCAUCUAAUGUCAAGGAGUUCGCCUAUGGAAUUGUUUUCCGGGACGGCAUCGACCCCAAGGUCCAGGUGGGGAUCCACAACGAUCUGGCCAAUCGUUGGGACCGAACCUCCGUCGUCGACCAGUUCGCCUUCGGACGGUGGGAUGAGGCCCGUCUCCCCCAAGGGGCGACGGGAACCCAGGUGUACGUCAGAGAAGGCUGGCACCAGGAGUCGGAGCCUCAUUUCACCGUGGAGCUGAGGUUUGUGUACGGCACCACGGGCGUGCACCGGCACUGGGCCACCGCCCACGUUUAUUUGGACUUCUCGGAGUCCGUAAUCAAAACGUGUGAUAAGGUGGACGGCCGCCAGCGCUGGUGCUUCGUCAAGCCCCUCUGGGCCGAACACCACAGGGUGUGGGACUCGCGCGGACCGAGACCGGCGGUCUUACCACGGCCACCGAGGGGGAUGAGAUAUGCCCCCAAGUAUCCACCCGUCUGGAGGUAG